AAAGCAAUAAUUUGACGGUUGUUGUUUGGGCGAUUGGUUUUGAUUUAGGUGAUAUCUUUAUUUACCUAUUUUUCUUUCUUGUUACCCUCUACUAUCGAUGAAACUUUAAUACAGUGUAAUUUGUUACACAUAUUAAGAAGUAGUUAUUCCUAAUUUGGUUUGUGUAACGUCUUAUUCAUAUCAGUUGUUAGCGAAGGAAAGAUUAACGAUAACAACGACACGGGACGGGAACUGUGAUUGUUUUGUGAUGGUUCGGGGCGGCAGAACCAAGAUUUGAGUGGCAACGGGCUCGUCAAGUUUCGCGGCCGCAUAGCCAAGAUGUCGAACGUGGAGAACGUGUGCCCGCAAGUGAUGCGGGGCAUCUCCCGCGAGCUGCGGCGCCUGGCGGCGCGACCCCCCGCCGGUGUAAAACUGGUGCUGCGCGACGACGACCUCACCGACGUGGUCGCACACAUCGACGGUCCUGCGGACACGCCGUACGCGGGCGGCGUGUUCCGCGUGCGGCUGGUGCUGGGCCGCGAGUUCCCGGCCGCGCCGCCGCGCGCCUUCUUCCUGACGCGCAUCUUCCACCCCAACGUGUCGCCGGCCACGGGCGAGGUGUGCGUCAACACGCUGAAGCGCGACUGGCGGCCGGAGCUGGGGCUGGAGCACGCGCUGCUGGCGCUGCGCUGCCUGCUGAUCGAGCCCAACGCCGAGUCCGCGCUCAACGCCGAGGCGGCUGCGCUGCUGCGGGACAAGUACGACGACUACUUCGCGCGAGCCAAGCUGCUCGCCGAUAUACACGCCCGCCCUGAUUGCCACAAGCACGAUGCUUCGGAAGCGGCAGAUACGACGGCGCUGGAAGCGACGGAGGGAGGGUCGAGCGGAGCGCGGGCGGAGGGCGGGGCGGAGAGCGGGGCGGAGAGCGGCCCGAGCGCCAAGCGCGAGCGGCGAGCGCCCGCGAAGGACCGCCGGCGGAUACUCAAACGCUUAUGA